AUUUAAAUUAGGAAACCUUACAACGACUCAUCCAACGGUGAGCAGCUUCAUAGAAAGACGAACGUCGAGUCACAGGCCAGCGGCAGAAUUAUGACUCAGGACAGCCUGUAUCUGCCAAAGGACUUCCCAGAGUUGAAGAACGACUCGUUCCUACGUGCCGCGUGUGGCGAAGAGACCCAGCACGUGCCUGUGUGGUGCAUGAGGCAGGCGGGACGCUACCUGCCCGAAUUCCGCGAGACCAGGGCCGCCAAGGAUUUCUUUGAGACGUGUCGCUCGCCGGAGGCCUGCUGUGAGCUCACCUUGCAACCACUGAGACGGUUCCCGCUUGAUGCUGCCAUCAUCUUUUCUGACAUCUUGGUGGUCCCACAGGCUAUGGGGAUGGACGUCCAGAUGGUCCCUGGAAAGGGUCCCACGUUCCCAGAGCCCCUGAAGGAACCAGAUGACCUUCAGCGCCUGAGGGCCAAGGUGGACGUGGCCACUGAGUUAGACUAUGUUUUCAAGGCCAUCACGCUUACUCGGCAUAAGAUCGAGGGGAAGGUGCCACUGAUUGGCUUCACUGGUGCACCGUGGACCCUCAUGACCUACAUGAUUGAAGGGGGUGGCUCCACCACCCACUCCAAGGCCAAGCGUUGGCUUUACCUUUACCCUGAGGCCAGUCACAAGCUGCUGAAGCAGCUGACAGACAUCAUUGUCGAGUACCUGUUGGGACAGGUGGAAGCUGGGGCACAGGCUUUGCAGGUGUUUGAGUCCCAUACAGGCUGCUUGGGGCCUGCAGAGUUCAAGGAAUUCUCCCUGCCGUAUCUUCGUGAUAUUGCACGAAGAGUUAAGGACAAACUCAAGGAUUCAGGCUUGGACAAUGUACCCAUGAUUGUGUUUGCAAAGGAUGGUCACUACGCUUUGGAGGACCUCUCCGAGUCGCACUACGAGGUGAUGGGUCUGGACUGGACCAUUGACCCUCGGUCAGCAAGGGAGCGAACAGGAGGGAAAGUCAGCCUGCAGGGUAACAUGGACCCUUGUGCACUCUAUGCCCCCAAGGAGCAGAUUGGAGAGAUUGUGAAACGGAUGCUGGAAGGUUUUGGCACCCGCGGAUACAUUGCCAACCUGGGCCAUGGACUGUAUCCCGACAUGGAUCCGGAGCACGUGGGGGCCUUCGUGGAAGCCGUCCACACCCACUCCCAGCGGCUCCUCAAGCUCAAAUAAACUUCGUCCACACGAUCUCCACCAGACAGGUCAAAAACCCAUGUAGCUGCUGUUCACUCAGGUCAACAACCAAAAGCUCAUGCUUGCCAAGGGUGUGAUAAACCACUUGUUGGCAACACAGCAAGACUGUUUAGUGGAUGUAACUGACUAGUUGUCUUUAGAUUAUUCUGUGACACAAAUGAGAGCAAUAGCACAUUUCUGUCCUUCCCAGCAGUUUGGAGCAUUUAUUUGGUACAUCUUUUAAAAAAAAAAAAAAAAAAAAAGGCACCUUGAUACACUCAAGACUAACUGACAUUCUGCUCUAGUGUGAGUGAAAAAUGAGUGUGGCAUGUGUGCAUUGUAAAUUUUAUACUUACCAGAAUAAAUUAUUUUGGACAGGGUUGUUUUUUUUUUUUUUUUAAAAAAACAACUUGUAAAA